GUUUCGUCUUCAGUCGGCAUCGGUGUCCCCCAGCACUGAAAACUGGGUCGUUAUCUCCCAGGACACGGCUACACCAAACAUUUGGAUCCGGUGGGGAAGGAAACCAAAUUCAAACCCUCAUUCAGUCUCAUCCUUUGGCAUAUAUUAUUACACGUGUCUACAUGUGUCGACAGAUGAACCGUGAUGCUUCUCUCCAGCCUCCACCUCAGCUUUGUAUUAUUACACAUGCCGUAACCCCAGAACUUCCUCUAACCCCCAGUAUUCGAAGUGCAGCUCCAGCAUGUAAAGCUGCUCCAACCCUAGAGAGAAAUUCAAGAGAAAUUACUUUUACUGGAAAUUUAGGAAAAAAAACGAAAGAUUAAUGGAGUGAAAAAUGCAAAGCGGGAAGAACGCGAUGGAGUCGAUAAAAGAAGCAGCUGCUAAUAUAGCAGCCUCUGCUAACUCUGGCAUGGAAAAGACCAAACCCACCGUGCAAGAAAAGGUGGAGAAGAUGAAAUGCAGCGACCCAAUUGAAAAGGACGUGGCGGCCGGAAAGAAAGAGGAGAGAAUAGUCGAUGCCGAGAUCAACAAACGUAAUGCCAUGGAGCAAAACGCCGCGGCUCGGCGGGAUGAGGCAGGGGCUACCGGCUAUACUGCGACCGGUGCUGGCACUGGAACACACACGUAUUCUACGACUGGGGCCACAGGGCAGCCGACUGGAACUCACCAGAUGUCCGCACUACCUGGCCACGGCACCGGUCAGCCUGCGGGCCAAGUGACGGAGGGUGCGGUGGGCGCGCACCCUGUUGGGAUCAACACGGGUACGGGUCGGACCACAGCCCACAACACUCGUGUUGGCGGGAAUGUACCUAACUAUGGGACUGGUGGGACCUAUAAUUGAGAUAGACUCUUUGUUUUUGAAUUAUGGGCCUUGGUGUGGGCCUAAAAACUUUUUUGUGGGUCAAUGUGUAAUAUGUGGUGUUUUUAUAGGUAACGGUUUUGGUGGGUUGAAGUUGUUUAUCUUGAUAUUUGCUUAGUUUUUAGUAGUAUAAAAUUUGGAGUCUUUGAAGUCACUAAUUUUGGUUUAUUGAUUUUAUCA